CCCGGGCGUGAGCAGAGCGCGGGCUGCAGCCGCGAGAUGCACGGAGCCGGCGGCCGCUGAGCCCGACCCCACCGAACCAGCCUGGCCGCCCCCGGCCCGCCGGCGACUCCGGAGCCAUGUCCCUGCUCUGCGUUGGAGUCAAAAAAGCCAAGUUUGAUGGUGCCCAAGAGAAAUUCAACACGUACGUGACCCUGAAGGUGCAGAAUGUCAAGAGCACGACCAUCGCGGUGCGCGGCAGCCAGCCCAGCUGGGAGCAGGACUUCAUGUUUGAGAUUAACCGCCUGGAUUUAGGACUGACUGUGGAGGUGUGGAACAAGGGUCUCAUCUGGGACACAAUGGUGGGCACUGUGUGGAUCCCACUGAGGACCAUCCGACAAUCCAAUGAGGAGGGCCCUGGAGAGUGGCUGACGCUGGACUCCCAGGUGAUCAUGGCGGACAGCGAAAUCUGCGGCACCAAGGACCCCACGUUCCACCGCAUCCUGCUGGACACGCGCUUCGAGCUGCCCCUGGACAUCCCCGAGGAGGAGGCGCGGUACUGGGCCAAGAAGCUGGAGCAGCUGAACACCCUGCGCGACCAGGACGAGUACUCCUUCCACGAGGAGCAGGACAAGCCGCUGCCCGUGCCCAGCAGCCAGUGCUGCAACUGGAAUUAUUUUGGCUGGGGUGAACAGAACGAUGACCCCGACAGUGCUGUGGAUGAUCGGGACAGUGACUACCGCAGUGAGACCAGCAACAGCAUCCCGCCGCCCUACUACACCACGUCGCAGCCCAACGCCUCUGUCCACCAGUAUUCUGUCCGCCCGCCGCCUCUGGGGUCCCGGGAAUCUUACAGCGACUCCAUGCACAGUUAUGAGGAAUUCUCCGAGGCGCGGGUCCUCAGCCCUACCGGCAGCAGCCACUACGCCUCCUCGGGAGAGCUCAGCCAGGGCAGCUCCCAGCUGAGCGAGGACUUCGACCCCGACGAGCAGAGCCUGCAGGGCUCCGAGCUGGAGGACGAGCGGGACCGCGACUCCUACCACUCCUGCCACAGCUCCGUGAGCUACCACAAAGACUCGCCCCGCUGGGACCAGGAUGAGGAGGACCUGGAGGAGGACCUGGAGGAGGACCUGGAGGAGGACUUGGAGGAUGAGGAGCUGCCCGAGGAGGAGGAGGAAGAGGAGGAGGAGGAGGAGGAAGAGGAGGAGGAGGAGGAGGUGCCCGACGACCUGGGCAGCUAUGUCCAGCAGGAGUCAGUUGCAGCGGAGCCCAAAGACUUCAAGCGCCUGAGCCACCCGCCAGCUGCUCCCGAGAAGGAGGACAAGGCCCCCACCUUGCCCACGGAGGCCCCCGAUGUGCCCAAGGCGACCUCCAAGCCACCCACACCUGAAGAGGUGCCUGGAGCACCGGAGCCUGAACCCCCCAAGGCUGAGGAGAGUUUCAGGCCACGGGAGGAUGAGGAAGGCCAGGAGGGUCAGGACUCCAUGUCCAGGGCCAAGGCCAACUGGCUGCGAGCCUUCAACAAAGUGCGGAUGCAGCUGCAGGAGGCCCGAGGAGAAGGAGAGAUGUCCAAAUCCCUUUGGUUCAAGGGCGGCCCUGGGGGCGGUCUCAUCAUCAUAGACAGCAUGCCGGACAUCCGCAAGAGGAAGCCCAUUCCACUUGUGAGCGAUCUGGCCAUGUCUCUGGUCCAGUCCAGAAAAGCUGGCAUCACCUCGGCCUUGGCCUCGAGCACGUUGAACAACGAAGAGCUGAAAAACCACGUUUACAAGAAGACCCUGCAAGCCUUAAUCUACCCCAUCUCCUGCACGACGCCACACAACUUCGAAGUGUGGACGGCCACCACGCCCACCUACUGCUAUGAGUGCGAGGGGCUGCUGUGGGGCAUCGCGCGGCAGGGCAUGCGCUGCACCGAGUGCGGCGUCAAGUGCCAUGAGAAGUGCCAGGACCUGCUUAACGCCGACUGCCUGCAGCGGGCCGCGGAGAAGAGCUCCAAGCACGGGGCGGAGGACAGGACACAGAACAUCAUCAUGGUGCUCAAAGACCGCAUGAAGAUCCGGGAGCGCAACAAGCCCGAGAUCUUCGAGCUCAUCCAGGAAAUCUUCGCUGUGACCAAGACGGCGCACACGCAGCAGAUGAAGGCAGUCAAGCAGAGCGUGCUGGACGGCACGUCCAAGUGGUCAGCCAAGAUCAGCAUCACUGUGGUCUGUGCCCAAGGCUUGCAGGCAAAGGACAAGACGGGAUCCAGUGACCCUUAUGUCACAGUCCAGGUUGGGAAGACCAAGAAACGGACAAAAACCAUCUAUGGGAACCUCAACCCCGUGUGGGAAGAGAAUUUCCACUUUGAAUGUCACAACUCCUCUGACCGCAUCAAGGUCCGCGUCUGGGAUGAGGAUGAUGACAUCAAAUCCCGCGUGAAGCAGAGGUUCAAGAGGGAGUCCGAUGACUUCCUGGGGCAGACUAUCAUCGAGGUUCGGACGCUCAGCGGCGAGAUGGACGUGUGGUACAAUCUGGAUAAGAGAACAGACAAAUCCGCAGUGUCUGGCGCCAUCCGGCUACACAUCAGCGUAGAGAUCAAGGGCGAGGAGAAGGUGGCCCCCUACCAUGUCCAGUACACCUGUCUGCACGAGAACCUGUUCCACUUCGUGACGGACGUGCAGAACAACGGGGUGGUGAAGAUCCCGGACGCCAAGGGGGACGACGCCUGGAAGGUGUACUACGACGAGACGGCGCAGGAGAUCGUGGACGAGUUCGCCAUGCGCUACGGCGUCGAGUCCAUCUACCAAGCCAUGACCCACUUUGCCUGCCUCUCCUCCAAGUACAUGUGCCCCGGUGUGCCCGCCGUCAUGAGCACCCUGCUCGCCAACAUCAACGCCUACUAUGCGCACACCACCGCCUCCACCAACGUGUCUGCCUCCGACCGCUUUGCAGCCUCCAACUUCGGGAAAGAGCGCUUUGUGAAACUGCUAGACCAGCUGCACAACUCCCUGAGGAUCGACCUCUCCAUGUACCGGAAUAACUUCCCAGCCAGCAGCCCCGAGCGACUCCAGGACCUCAAGUCCACUGUGGACCUCCUCACCAGCAUCACCUUCUUCCGGAUGAAGGUACAAGAGCUGCAGAGCCCGCCCCGUGCCAGCCAGGUGGUGAAGGACUGCGUGAAGGCCUGCCUCAACUCCACCUACGAGUACAUCUUCAACAACUGCCACGAACUCUACAGCCGCGAGUACCAGACCGACCCGGCCAAGAAGGGGGAGGUUCCCCCCGAGGAGCAGGGGCCCAGCAUCAAGAACCUGGACUUCUGGUCCAAGCUGAUCACCCUCAUAGUGUCCAUCAUCGAGGAGGACAAGAACUCCUACACCCCCUGCCUCAACCAGUUUCCCCAAGAGCUGAAUGUGGGGAAGAUCAGCGCCGAGGUGAUGUGGAACCUGUUCGCCCAGGACAUGAAGUACGCCAUGGACGAGCAUGACAAGCACCGCCUGUGCAAGAGCGCCGACUACAUGAAUCUGCACUUCAAGGUCAAGUGGCUCUACAAUGAGUACGUGGCAGAGCUUCCCGCCUUCAAGGACCGCGUGCCCGAGUACCCCGCGUGGUUUGAGCCGUUUGUCAUUCAGUGGCUGGAUGAGAACGAGGAGGUGUCCCGGGACUUCCUGCAUGGCGCCCUGGAGCGGGACAAGAAGGAUGGGUUCCAGCAGACCUCGGAGCACGCGCUCUUCUCCUGCUCCGUGGUGGACGUCUUCUCCCAGCUCAACCAGAGCUUCGAGAUCAUCAAGAAGCUCGAGUGCCCCGACCCCCAGAUCGUGGGGCACUACAUGAGGCGCUUUGCCAAGACCAUCAGCAACGUGCUUCUCCAGUACGCGGACAUCAUCUCCAAGGACUUCGCCUCCUACUGCUCCAAGGAGAAGGAGAAAGUGCCCUGCAUCCUCAUGAACAACACCCAGCAGCUCCGCGUCCAGCUGGAGAAGAUGUUCGAAGCCAUGGGAGGGAAGGAGCUGGACUCCGAGGCCAGUGACAUCCUGAAGGAGCUCCAGGUGAAACUCAACAAUGUCUUGGAUGAGCUCAGCCGGGUGUUCGCCACCAGCUUUCAGCCACACAUCGAAGAAUGCGUCAAACAGAUGGGUGACAUCCUCAGCCAGGUGAAGGGCACGGGCAACGUGCCCGCCAGCGCCUGCAGCAGUGUGGCCCAGGACGCCGACAACGUGCUGCAGCCCAUCAUGGACCUGCUGGACAGCAACCUGACUCUCUUUGCCAAAAUCUGCGAGAAGACGGUGCUGAAGCGGGUGCUGAAGGAGCUGUGGAAGCUGGUCAUGAACACCAUGGAGAAGACCAUCGUCCUCCCGCCGCUCACCGACCAGACGAUGAUCGGCACCCUCUUGAGAAAACAUGGCAAGGGAUUAGAAAAGGGCAGGGUGAAACUGCCAAGCCACUCAGACGGGACCCAGAUGAUCUUCAAUGCCGCUAAGGAGCUCGGUCAGCUGUCCAAACUCAAGGACCACAUGGUACGAGAAGAAGCCAAGAGCUUGACUCCGAAGCAAUGUGCAGUUGUUGAACUAGCCCUGGACACCAUCAAGCAAUACUUCCACGCCGGUGGAGUGGGCCUCAAAAAGACCUUCUUGGAGAAGAGUCCCGACCUGCAGUCACUGCGCUAUGCCCUGUCCCUCUACACGCAGGCCACCGACCUGCUCAUCAAGACUUUCGUGCAAACCCAGGGAGCGCAAGUCCAUGGUGGAAAGGGGACUAGGUUUACCCUUAGUGAAGACAUUUAUCCUGAGAAGGGCUCUGGGGUAGAAGACCCUGUGGGUGAAGUCUCUGUCCACGUCGAGCUCUUCACCCAUCCAGGCACUGGGGAACAAAAGGUCACGGUGAAAGUGGUGGCUGCUAAUGACCUCAAGUGGCAGACUUCUGGUAUCUUCCGGCCAUUCAUCGAGGUCAACAUCAUUGGGCCCCAGCUCAGUGAUAAGAAACGCAAGUUUGCAACCAAAUCCAAGAACAACAGCUGGGCCCCCAAGUACAACGAGAGUUUCCAGUUCACGCUGAGCGCGGACGCCGGCCCCGAGUGCUACGAGCUGCAGGUGUGCGUCAAGGACUACUGCUUCGCGCGCGAGGACCGCACGGUGGGACUGGCUGUGCUGCAGCUGCGCGAGCUGGCCCAGCGCGGGAGCGCCGCCUGCUGGUUGCCGCUCGGCCGCCGCAUCCACAUGGACGACACCGGCCUCACGGUGCUGCGUAUCUUAUCCCAGCGCAGCAACGACGAGGUGGCCAAAGAAUUCGUCAAGCUCAAAUCGGACACGCGCUCUGCCGAGGAGGGCGGUGCGGCGCCUGCGCCUUAGAGCGGGAGCAGGCCGGCGGGCGAUACUGCGCCUGCGCGGAGCGCGGGGCGGGGCGGGACUUGCGCGCUGGGACCGCCCAGAGGGCAAGUCUCCGGGCUCUGCGCAGUGGGCGGGCUGCGUCUGCGCCCUAGACUUCUUAACUUCUCCCUCUGGGGAAAGGCGAGCGGACGAUGCCCCGCCCCGCCGGGAGGGCACGCCCUAGGGCGCGAAGAAGGAAGAAGCCACAUUCCCCUACUUGAGGCCACGCCCUCGUCAUCUAAGGGGCCUUUCGAGCUGGGAUCGGAGGGAAACCUGUCCCUUUGAAGGAGGCCAUAUCCCAGGGCUCUGGUUCCGGGAGGCCCCGCCUCCUGUCCCCUGGAAAAGCCAUAAGAUGGGCUCCAAAUCCUGGGGCCCAAGACCAAUUGCCAAGUAUGGAACUCUCAGCUCCCUCGAGGAGCGGGCCCUGGGCAAGGGAUAGGGCUUCCUGGAGUCCCCUGAGAUGGGCCGAGGGGCUGUAGGCACCAGGAUGCCUGUUGGAGGGACCCGGGCAGACCGGUGUCCCUAUUGAUGUUUGUGCAAAAAAUAAGUGGGGGGAGGGGGAAGAAUGGGAUUUCAAAAGCACAUGCGCCCUCGGGCGCCCAAACCCAGGGGGCCGAGGGGACGGCUCUGGGGCAUCUGCACUUCCCCCACUACCCUGUGGGGAUUUGCCUCCCUUUUCCCCCCAACAAACCCAGUCCUCAUAGAGUUUAACACAUCCAUUUUACAAAUGGCGAAACUGAGGCCCAGAGAGCUGCUUGAGACUUGGCCCAGCUUCCCAGUGCCAUGCCCCCUCCCCAGUCCCUUAGACCUGUGUGCCCCGUGGAAGGGUGGGCUGAGAUCGGAUGACCCGACAUAGCUCCUCAUUGCUGCUAACUCCCCCUCAGGGGACCUCCCCCAGUACUUACAAGGUGUGGGGGUUAUGGGCCAAAACCCCUGUUGCACCCUCCCUCCUUCGGCUGCCAAGCAAGACCCCUGUCCUGAACCCUUUCUCCUGAGACUCCAGUGGGGAGUCCCUGAGAACUCUUGGCCUCCCUUCCAAAAGAGAGUGAGAAUUUGGGAUCCCCUGGACCCAGGCUCCCUCAGCCCCUUCUUCCUUUGCCAAAAUUCUCCAAGCAGGAAAGAACAGGAAGAGACCGGAAACUAGGGGUGUGGUGUGGUGUGGGUGUGUGUGUGAGAGAGAGAGAGAGAAUACACAGACAUGCUCAGAGCUUAGUCUCCAGAAUCUCAUCCAUUCAGAACCCAGGGCCACAGGAGCUCGUGCCCAGGUGGAGCCUCUGCUGCCUGAAGCUGCUCCAGUAGUGGGCACAGUUGGGUAACUUGGACGGAAAGUCAGCUCAUCCAAGUGGGGCCUUUUGGGAAAGUUUGGCAUGGCCUGUGUGCCCCACACAUGGACCCAGGCACAUACGGGAAGGGCAGGGUUGUGCUGCGCUAGGGAGAAAUUAAAAUGGGUUUGAGGAAUGGGAACUCAGGAGGGGAUUGUCUGCUAUGAAACUGAGGCAUCCUCCCACCAGAGCGAAAACCACCAGGUAGAGCAAGCCACAGGUGCAGAUGCCAGGAGGUGGACGUUUGGGGCACAGCAAGAAGGUGCUAUGGCUGAAGCCAGGCAUUAAGGAGGAUCAUCGGGAGCGAGGCGGUUGGAGAAAUGUCAGCCCAGGCGAGGCUCUGCAUGCUGCCCUGAGAAGUUUUGCUUUUAUUUUGAAACAUCUGGGGAUUCCCCAGGAGAUUUUGAAGCCGGAGACUCUAGUCCGGGUCCCAAAAGCUGCUGUAUGGAGAAGAGAUCAAUGGGGGGAUACUUUGAGGAUGUUGAAAUUGAUUUCUGGAAAAUUUUUUUUUGGAAACUAUAUUAAAAAUAAAAGAUAAGCCAGGUGCAGUGAUGCACAUCUGUAAUCCCAGCAGCUCAGGAGGCUGAGGCGGGAGAAUCACAAGUUCAAGGCCAGCUUCUGCAACUUAGUGAGGCUCUGAGCAACUCAGCAAGACCCUGUCUCUAAAAUAUUUUUUAAAAGGGCUGGGGAUGUGGCUCAGUGGUCAGUACCCCUGAGUCCAGUCCCGAGCGCCCCUCCAAAAUAAAGACAGAUUCUGCCUUUAGAUGAGCCCCGGGGCCACCAGGUGCUGCCUUGCAGGUUGUGCCCUGCUCCAGGAUUUGCCGUCUCCAGUUAAUCCAUCUGCAAAUCCUAGACGUUGAGUGACAUGUGUUUAUGAUGAUGGUCUCCUGAUACAUGAAUGGAAGCAUCUGGAAGGAGUGGAACUAGUUUUCAAUUUGCUUGAAGGUGCUUUGUGGCUCCUAAAUUCAGGCAAGGUUCAGGUGACCCGAAUUCUUGUACUAUAAUGUAAAAUGCAUUGGGGGUUCCAUCCAGGAGCAGGGUGGGGAACUCCAUUACAAGACCCAGGGGCGGAUUGGAAAUCUGGGCUUGCUGGGGGUGCAGCAACCAUAGGAUGGAUGGGUGACUCAGUUCAGAACACAGAAAUUUCCCAAGGGCAGAUAAUGUGUGACCUGGGACAGGCACCGAGCUGCCUGGCAGGAUACUUCCCAAAAGAUCCCGAAGGAGUCAUUCUGGUCAAGUCCUCUGUGUGUGUGUGUGUUGUGUGUGUGUGUGUGUGUACACGUGUGCGCAUGCGUGCGUCCGAGCGUGUGAGUCCCAGCACUGGCCCAGGCAUGUGGCGAGCCUCGGGGAGUAUUUGCUGAGUGCAUUUUUGCAACUCCCAGAGUAGGACUGUUUUUGGAAUCCCUCCCACAUUUCUUUACUCAGAGAAUUCCUAUGCAUCCUUCCAAACUCAUGAUUAAAAUACUGUAGAAACCCUCCCCCCUCCCUCAGGACGUCCCAGCUUCUGUCCCUUCCCCAGUCUAACCCUGAUGUCAAGACACUGGUGGUGUCUGUGGCUGGCUGUUCCUCCUGGCCCCGGGGCUGAGGCUUCUCAGGAGCCCCAAGUUGACCCAGCAUGAGGUGGGCACUGGGGGAUGGCAGUGAGGUCUCACCCAGUUGGAAGACGUGCAGGAGUGGGCAGGGGUCUGCAGGGACGGGGUCAUGCCCACGCUGCUGUCCUGCCAGCUUUCCCCUCCCCAACGUCCUGGAUACGUGGGAGGUGUCCAGACAGACUGCAGCUGAGUCCCAGUGGGGCACAGUGGGAUGAUAAGGUACAAACAGGGGAGUCCAGGGGCCUGGCAGCUGUUUGAAUUCAGGAAGUUCCUGUCUUGGCACAAGGCCCGGAGAGGGGCAGGGCUUCCCCCAAGAGCCACCCAGCAAGUGGACACAGAGGCCAGCCUCGAAUAACACCUCUGGAUUUUUGCCUUCACUUGGGGUUCCAGGCGGUGGCCCCAAAUUCCCAUGGAGCAAGGAAAAAAAUAAAGGAGGGUGCCCCUGGGCAUGUUGGGGUAACCCUAAGCGUUCCCUGCUUCCGAGCCAAAGCCCCGCCCCGAAAAGGGAUGGAGCCAGAGAUUCAAGACCCAGAGAGAGGAGGUGCAGACAGGCGACGUGCAAAAGGGGGUCAGGAGCAAGAGGGACCUCCCCUUCCGCUCCCACAAUCUGUCCUCCAAGGAUUUACAUAGAUUAGGAGGUGCCCGCCUGCACCCCCAUUCCUCAGGCCCCCAGCCUGCAGCAUCAUCGUGCCCCUCCCCCCAUCAGAGAUGCAAAAAACUUAACACCCAACUAGAAAUCCUUGGGACCUCCGAGACCCUCCGCUCUCGCCUGCGCUGUCCGUUUUGCAGAUGGGGACACUGAGAGCCGGGCGGAGCGAGGACAGCCUGGCACCUCCU